CCGCGCCGAGGUGAGGCGGUUUCAGGCUCGGGUCAGGGCGAUGGAGGCAGUUGUGACUCCGGCCGUGAGGGGGCUGCGCGUGGGCUGCCAGUGUCUCCGCUACGGGGCAGGUUCUGAAAGAAAAUGGAGUUUGCAGUCAAAACAGACUUCUUUCAGAUUUUGUAGUACUGGAAUGACCUUGGACAACAUCAACAAGCCAGCCAUAGAUCGCAUAAUCAGGGUGGAUCAUGCAGGGGAGUAUGGGGCAAAUCGUAUUUAUGCUGGGCAAAUGGCUGUGCUAGGUAGAACUACAGUAGGGCCAGUCAUUCAGCAAAUGUGGGAUCAAGAAAAGGACCAUCUGAAAAAGUUUAAUGAGUUAAUGGUUGCAUUUAGAGUUCGACCUACUGUUUUAUUGCCUUUUUGGAAUGUUGCAGGGUUUGCUUUAGGUGCUGGAACUGCUUUACUUGGAAAAGAAGGUGCAAUGGCUUGCACUGUGGCAGUGGAAGAGAGCAUAUCGGAGCAUUAUAACAACCAGAUCAGAACACUAAUGGAGGAGGAUCCAGAAAAAUACAAAGAAUUAUUGCAGAUAAUAAAGAAGUUCCGAGAUGAGGAGCUGGAGCAUCAUGAUGUAGGGCUUAACCACAAUGCAGAAUUGGCACCAGCUUAUUCACUUUUGAAGACUGCUUUACAAAUUGGAUGUAAAGCUGCAAUAUUUUUAUCAGAGCGAAUUUAGCACUCUAUUUUUCAGUAAUAUAAAAGAUUAUGUGGUAUUAAAUUAAGAUUUAACCAGUACACUUGUGAAAUUAUGUGAAACUAAUAGAUAUUUUUUACAGUAACUGACUUUUUUUUUCUUCUUUUUAUAUUCUGCCAGUCUUACUUAUGCUAAGUAGUAUCUUGCUCAACAGGUAUUUUCAUUGAAAUUAGUGGGGCUACGUGUGGAGUAAUAUACUUACAAUGUGAGUAUGGAUGGUAGAAUUGGGUUCUUACUGACUAAAUCUAAAAUGAAAUUAAAAGGCUGUUUUUUAACCAAAAAAAAUCUGUUGGUUUUGCAAGUAUUCACAAGGGGGCAGCAAAGCGUGUGUUUAUGUAAUAGUAUAUACAUUUUAGUAUUCGUCUUCUGUAUUUCUACAGACUUUUAAAAAUGAGCUAAACCUUCAGUUUAAUUUAAAACAAUACAUUUAGCACGGAUUAUUUUCUGAGUUUUAUUUUCAGGGAAAGUAAAUCAAGUUCUAGUAAGAAUAUUUCCCUCAUAUGUCUCAAAUAAAGGUCUGUUAUAUCAAUGAAAUAGAGCCCUGUAAUGACUUUCAACUUUGUAUUCUUCUUGGCCUAAUUCUGAAGUUUAGUCAAAAAUUCCCUUUGUUCUGAAUGUGUAGAGAAAAAGUCGACCUUAUAUACUUGAUUUAAAGCAGAAGACGACAGAUACUAGCUGUAAUUAGCAACAGUGUUUCAUGAGUUUUAGCUCUUCCUAUCCUAUGUCUUCCUAGGUCUUCUAUGGCAUUGAUUGGAUAGAGACAUGCCCGCUUUCACAGUACAGGGGAAGAGGGUUCCCCAAACCUCUUAAAAGCACCCUUGCGUGAGAGCAGUUGAAAUAAACCAGACAAAAUUCUGACUGCGUCUUUCACAAGAAGUGCAUGCUGUCAAUGCCUGGUGAUGACACAGAAAUACAGACCACACCGUGCAAUAAUGCAGUUGGUAUAUCUUAAACUGGAGUGAUCCCUCCAGUUUGUACAGCAGAAGUACAGAUUUUACAAAACUCCUUUCUAGAGCUCUGGGAUGGAGACAGUUAAUGGCCUCAGGUAGGAUUGGGAUGUGAAUUUCCUCAUGCGUCACUUCCAGAUGAGACUGGUACAGCUUGUUUAGUAGGGGACUACUCACACAAUAAAGGAGAUGAACAGGAUCUUGGCCAGGUAGUGUCCAAUGUUCCUUCUGCCUAAAGAAGCUCCUGCCCAUUCUUCCAUUGUCACUGCCUCCUAGGGAAGGUGUGAUCAAAAAGAAAACUUUAAAGGGAAUUUGGCACAGUUUUUUCUCACACACACAGAGUCCUUUUUAACAUUUUAUAGUUUAAUAACGAGGCAGGCCAAUUUAAUGCUACUUAUGGCAGAGACUGAAACGCUUGCAUUAUUUUCAUAGUGACCUCUGCAGUGUCUAAGCAAAAUCACUUCCGGAAUGUAUGCCAGUUAGGUGUGCUGACCUAUUGCUAUAAAAUCAUUUGAGGUCACUAUUAAAUUUGUGUUAAAAUGCAAGUUUGAAGCUGGGAUACGUAUUGAUUUUGGUUGUUUGUUGGAGAUAGGCUUUCACUUCUAUCAACAGUGUUGUAUGAAGAUGGAAAGGAAUGUAAAAGUCUUUCCUCUUAAAUCAUGGAAACAAAAAAUUUGGGUUUUGGGUGGAGGGACUGUGUCCUGUUCCAGCCUUACCUGCCACUAAACAUUGUUCUUGCUCACUAAUCUAGUUUUCAUCCUUUCCAUUGAAUGGAGACAUUUAGCUUGUUUGCCAGAUUAGAAAUAGACUCCUUUUGUUGUUCAAGGUUAAAAGUUGUAGCAUAUCAAGCCUUGUUUCUUACAGACAAAACGAACAGUGGUGGUGAAGUGUUUGAAAAGCUGGCUCAGAAGUGUUGGGAAAGUAGCAUUUUUUCAUGACUUCUUUGCAAAGGCGGGAAUCACAAGGUGAGAAACAGAGUAUCUCAGAGGUACUGCUCAUGCCACUGUUGUUGAAGUGUUGUUAGCAUUACCAACGUAAAACCUCUUUUACAGGGGGCUUGUAACGUAUCUGUAAAAAUUCAUUCCUAGCUAAAACUUGGCAUUUAAGGUUUUUGCAAGGGGAUGAUUUCCCUCUCACCUUCCCCCCACCCCCUUUAAAUGUGGUCAAAAAAAGUAUAUUUCAAAUAGAAACUUUUUGCAUGCUCCCUAUCACUGGUCACAAUGGGUCUUUAUAUAAACAGCAACAACAAAAUCAUCUAAUUGGACAGGCAGUGAGAUAAAUUCUGUUCUCAGCUAACUAAUGUAGAACUCCAUUGACUUCGAGUUGAAAUGGACAUCACUGAAGUCAUUUACAUUGUUUAAACGAAGUAUAAUUUGGUCACAGUCCUUAGUCUCUUCACUCAUCCACUGGAGCCACUCGACACAUUGGCUUUGACUCAUCUCAAUCACUGAGUUGAUGGGGAGUGGGAGUACAAGGAAGUAAACUGUUCCAAGGGACUUCUUGGCUGAACCCCAGGAAGCUGUGACUAGCACAGAUGCGACUUACAUUAGUAUUGAGGUAAUGGUGUUCUCUGCCCUGGUUGAUGCAUUGAUUUGAUGUAAAUGUUUGCCUACAAUGGAAUCUAGAUCUGGUUCUAUUCUCUAUCCACCAGCUCAUUCUGCCUCCCUUUUACUUCCUGUGCUCAUCUGCUCAGUAGGGAGAGGACUUUUUUUAAACACUUGCUCAUUGGCAGGACCUGUUGGAUCGGUGUUCUUGACAUGUUCCAUAUUGUACCCUGUAUGUGACAUGCACAUUCUGCAGGAAUAUUGCACACACCAUCAAGUUGUUUUUCUUAAGAUUCUUAGCUCAGGCUUACCUAUACUUGGAAAUUUACUGAAAUAGGUAUUGUGGAAUCAUUAUUUUGGUGUGAGGCCCUGGAAUAAGAGUGCUUUUUUCUGAUUUAGCUUAAUCCACUAUAAUCCUUUUCCCCUUACAGCCUGAUUAGUAUUUAAUAUGUCUAUGAAGUCACAAAGCAGAACACUUAUAUGUGGAUUUUAGGACAUGUGAAAUGAAUAGGCAUCAUUCAUCAUAAAAACAUCAACCCUGUAGGCUAAUAGUCUAAUUCUGGAGAGCCUGCAAGACCGGGCUUCCCAGCAGUUUGUGGAAAUUUUUAUUUAGCAGAAAGUGACUUUUCCACUGGAAAAUCAUUCUGAUAGAAGAGUCCCAACCAGCGGUAGAAAUUGCCUUUUUGGCUGUUAGAUGAUCAUUAUAAGCAAGUCCAUGAAACAGUGAUAUUCCCCAAUAGGUAGUGGUUAAAUCUGCCUUUUGUCGUCAUAGAGAGUUCUAACAGGUGUUUUGCUGCUAAGAAGUUAAAUAUUAUUGGGUAGUUAGUACUCCAGCAAGCUGUAUCGUUCUUUACUUCUAGUCAUGUCACUUUUAUAGGUGCAGAGUUCUUUAUUGCUUGUCAAAUCUUCAAAGAUCAUUGCAAGAGUAACCUCCAAUUUGAUCCUCACAGCUGAAAGCUCCACUGUUCAUUGUGAGGGAUGGGUAAUCACAUCAGUCAAUAGGAACUGGCUGCUGGGAUUGCUGCAUUUUUCAUGGCUGCCGUAUGGUAGUUGGCUCUACUGGCAGGCAGGCAGGCAGGCGUACAUUGGGUCUGGUGUUCAGCUGGUGACUAGAGAUUAUAAUUUUAGCUUGGAAUGUUGAUUUUAGAUGGAAGUGUUUAGGAGAUUUUAAUUAUUUAAAAAAAAAAGACCUUCUAUUUUUUAAGAUGUAAGAUUGUUCUGUAAAGUGUUCUUUGCAGUGAUUCACCAUACACCACAACCUGGAUAAUUUUUACACAGAUGCAUGAUUAUAGCCACCCAACUGUUUUGUUGGGGCAAGAAUCCUGUUUUGAUGGUUUACUCUGUAAGGAUUGAUGGAAUAAAAUGAGCUGCCAGGCAGCUUUGAGGGAGAACGUUGGUCAACUGACUGAUCACUAUUGCCAGCUUGGGAAGAUUUCAUAAUGGUCUUUUGCUCUCAGCUACUGGUAAUGGCAUUACAACACUUUUCCCUCUGGCUUCAUCCUCAUGGGUCACUUUAGUUUACUAAUGACAUGUGAGAGGUGAAGCAGGAGGGGAAGUGGCUAGAGCACAAGUGACAGGAAUCUUGGUCUGAGCCUCAGCAAUUGUCAUAAAUGUUUGAAGUCUCAUGUUGUGGCUGUGCUUAAGGCAAAUGUAGUGGUUUUUAUCUGCUCUUGAUGAGAUGAGUGUGACCUUCUUUAUCUAGUGCUGACCUUGCUGGGCUUAUCCACAAAUUUAUCACCUCAAGAUUAGACUAUUGUAAGGUGCUGUACCUGGGGCUACAUGAUGAAACUAUCCUAGUUACUGAAGCUAAUGCAGAAUAUGGCCACUCACCUACUAGAUGUGGUAGCAGCGAACACAUCACCAGGACACUGUACUUAUGUUGACUGUCAGUAAGCUUCCAGGUGGAGUUAGAGGCGUUGGCUUUAACCUGUGAAGGUUUACAUGGUUUGCGAUGUGAUUACCCUAAGGGACAGCCUGCCUCCCUAAGUGAAACUGCUGCAAGCGCAAUCUGUGAAGAUCCUUGAAUUGGAGCCCUCUUGUCUUGAAAGAGAGGAGGCGGCUGGCAGGGCAUUUGUUGUGAAGUGUCCUCACCUUCAGAAUUCACGGCCUCCUGGUUGAUAGAACCCAGACAUUUUAAUCAUUUGGACAUGUUGCAAAACCCAUCUUUUCUCUUGGCCAUUUGGGAAAGAGGCAAGUUAAUGUGAUGGGUUGUGUUGGGUGUGGGUGGGACUUGUCAAUAAGCUUCUCCAUAGACUUGUAAAAGGUUGUAUUAAAUAUUAUUUUAAAAUUGUGAUAUACCUAGAGUUUUGGGUUAGGAACUGAUUAAAAUAAAAUGUUGGAAAGUGAGAUUUGAUCCAUGUGUCUAAAGGGUUGCUAAUGUCGGAGAAGUAAAAUUCUACUGUACUAUAAGACACCCUGUUAGUUAUUACAUUGAUCAAAAUGUCCUUGCUUUUAAAGAUUAUUUGUUCAAAAUAAGAUAUUUUAAGCAUGACUUCAUCACUCUUGUCAUAGAUCAUUCACUAUAAAAUAAGAUUACAAAGUUUAUUUACUAAAAUGUAAAACCAAAAACGUACCUGUCAAUAUCUCAAGAAUUCCAGAACAAGCAACUUCUAGUACACAACAUAUGCAUUUACUUAUCAACGUAAGAAACAAAUACAACUUUUUAAAAAUGA